UUCGUUAGGUUGAAAACACUGAUUUCCGUUGCAAAUUUCAUGUAUGUUUUAGAUGUCAUAAACAUAAAUUUAUAAACAUUUAAAUAAUGGCAGAAGCGAUUUGUGACGAUUCAAAGGAAGCUAAAGAAAAGGGUGAAAACAUUGAAUGCGCUGUUUGUCUACAACCCUGCAUCCAUCCUGCCCAGUUGCCCUGUGGCCAUAUAUUUUGUUUUCUAUGUGUGAAAGGAUUCGCGAAUCAAAGUAAAAAAUGCGCAAUGUGCAGACAAGAAAUUCCCAGAGAUUUCAUUGAACAGCCUCAUCUAUUGCAUGCAGCUACUGAAGAGUCAACGGAAUUCGAUGGGGGCUACCAAUGGUUCUAUGAAGGAAGAAACGGGUGGUGGCAAUAUGACGAAAGGACAAGCAAAGAACUUGAAACUUCUUAUAAAAGUGGCGACAAAACCUGCGAACUCUUGAUUGCAGGUUUCUUAUACAUUGUGGAUUUUGAAAGUAUGUUGCAGUUACGCAGAAAUGACCCAUCUAGGAGACGAAAAAUCAAAAGGGAUUUUGCAACUAUACCCAAAAAAGGUAUCGCUGGUCUAAGAACCGAAGGAGAAUCCUCAAGUACAGACAGCCAGGGCAAUGACACAAGACCAGAAAGUCCUGUAGAUGGUAGAAACGACAAUAUUGUACCAAUUACCCCUUCAAACACCCCACAGAGUCCGACGAGCGGCCGGGAAUCCCCGCACCAAGAGGAGGAUCUUCAAGCAACCAUGGAAAGAAUAAGCUCUCUAAGAUUAAGUUCCAGCCCUUCAAGAAAUGACAAUGAUGAAAAUCCACCUGGCAGGUCGAGGUCGACAAGGAGUAGGUAUCACAGACAUAGAAGUGUGGAUUGAGUUUUUGGAUUUAUUGGUGAUAAUGAUGUAUUUAUUCUUUUAUGUA